CUCCACCUCCUAUCUCAACCUGGCAACUCCAAGUUCCUUCCUUUUCCAACCAAGAAGGCAACAAUGGCUUCCUUAGCAACACUAGCCGCCGUUCAGCCGGUUGCCGUAAAGGGUCUUGGUGGAAGCUCCCUUGCCGGGACCAAGCUGCCUCUCAGGCCCUCUCGCCAGACCUUGACGCCCAAGAACUUCAAGGCUGGUGCUGUGGUGGCUAAGUAUGGUGACAAAAGCGUUUACUUUAAUUUAGAGGACUUGGGUAACACUACUGGACAGUGGGAUUUGUAUGGAUCUGAUGCUCCUUCACCUUACAAUUCUCUUCAGAGCAAAUUCUUUGAGACCUUUGCUGCUCCAUUCACCAAGAGAGGACUCUUGCUCAAGUUCUUGCUACUUGGUGGUGGUUCCACUUUAGCUUAUUUCAGUGCCACUGCCCCAGAUGACGUUCUUCCAAUCAAGAAAGGACCUCAACUUCCACCCAAACUCGGGCCGCGUGGCAAGAUCUAAUUCGCUUUCGAAUCGGGUUUCUGUUGUAUGUAAAUUUUCUCUCUUAACUCUCCUACCAGCUAUGUUUCAAAGAUACCAUUUGGGAGUGUUAUUUGAGCCAUUGUUAUUAUGUGAUCAAUGUGGUUUUGCCA